AUGUCAAUUGGAAGGAAGAUUUUUUGUUUCGGUGGAGUGGAUGCUCUUUUGGCCAGUGUUACCACUUAUAAACUUGCGGAUUACAUCUCCUGUCGUGAACCCGAUCCAUCGUUCCUGGAGACAAUUCUUCAAACUCUCGGUUUGCAAAAAGUCCCCGAACCUGUCUGUCCAACGUCCUAUGAGGUCAUACUGGUUGUUGUCGGGUGGAUUCUCCUGCAGAUAAUUGUUGUACUUUUCUACAGAAAGAAGAGUGUUGUGAAGGACACAAUGAUUCAGAGUGUACAAAAUUUAUUAUCCAAUACAAGUGAUAUAUCCGUUGCAUCGCCAAUUGAUGUCAUUGGUGCCGCUGAAAAUGUCAGGGCCAGUGUUUCAGAGGGAAUAAUUUUCUUCAAAGAAGUUGCAUCUGUAGACAUUGGCAAUGUGGAAAAGAAUGCGAUCGAAAAGUCAAGUGUUUCAGAGGGUACAUUUUUCUUCAAUGAAAUUGAAUCUGUAGACAUUGGCAGUGUGGAAAAGAAUGCAAUCGAAAGCGUUUCAGAGGGAAGGAUUUUCUUCAAUGAAAUUGAACCUGAAGGCAUUGACAGUGUGGAGAAGAAUGCAACCGAAAGAACAAGUGUUACAGAGGGAACAAUUUUCUCGAAUGAAAUUGAAUCUGUAGGCAUUGGUAAUGUAGAGGAGAAAGUGAUUAAAGAUCUCUCCUCUUCGUCUGAUGACACGGCAGGGUACGCCUCAGAUGCUUGCAACACUGAUACUGAUUCGGAAGUUGAAUCUUUAUGGUUAGAAUCGGAGAGAGAAACUUCAGCUGCAUUAGUUAGCAACAUCAUCACUAAGCAUGAUUUAGAAGAAUCAUCAGAGAAAGAUUUAAACUUCAUCCAAGAAAAACAUAAUCCAACUGAGUGGAUUCAGACUGCAAACACAAUCGUGGAAGAAAUAAAAGAUGAAGUAUUGAAUCCAUCAGUUGCAUUAGAGCAAAACGCCAAUGUCUCGAGACGAGACCUAGAUGAAAAUUUCGAGGAUAAUGUUGAUGAUGUGGAGUAUGCUUCAGAUUUCGCCGAAGAAACCACGGAGUCCGAUGACGAGGUCCUAUGGAUUCCAACGAAGACUAAUGCAGAUGAGGAUAGUCUUAAUCGAAAUGAUAGGCCUGAAUGGAGUCAAAAUUAUUUGCAUUGUUUGGAUGUCGUAUCUGUCAAAGAACACAGGGAUACCUUAACGGAGAGCGGGGAGGAAGGAGCCAUACGACCCGAAACUUUCAGCGUACUGCAAAAAUUAGAGGAAACGAGUCACCAUCUGUCUUCUCAAAAUACUACACAGAACAAACUGUCAGCUUUACACAUGGAGGAGAAAGAAUAUGGACCUCAAAGUUUUCAUGGAAUGAGAAGUGAAUCUGAUUUUGGAUAUACAUCCGAUCUAUCUGAGGAUGAAAUGGUUCAGGCGUCAGGAGGCAGUGGAAGUGAAACUGAUCCAGAGCUGGAAGCUAUUUGGCUGUCUUCUCUUGAAGUUGACGCUAACACACGUUCAUCCUCAACACCCAAGACAAAUGUGAAUGUAUACAGACCCUCGAUUCAUGAAGAUUUUUUCGAGUCAAAAGGAUAUGGAAUAGAAAACAAGGAUACUAAUUAUGGAGAUGAGUUACAGCUAUCAUCAACAUCCUCUGAGAGUGGAUCGAAAUACUCUGAAUCCUCCUCUUUCGGUGUCAAUUCCAACAUGAAAGAAUCUUGGCGGCGAAAUUUUACAGAGGAUAUCGAUCCUGAUGAUGAAUACUUAGUGCUAUAUGAAAAAUCGGAUGAUUCCGAAGAUGAAACUGACGUAUUGAAGCGAGAACAAAGACUUCCAACAUUAGCUGAUGAUUUUGAAGAUCACUCAAGUGCAGCAGGUGAGAGCUCUUCUCAAACUGAUCCAAAUAUAGAUCUGUUUAAGAAAGUUCCAAAAUGUGUCGAAUGUGGAAGUUACUUUGCUACAUGGAGAAUAAGAAAUUGUGCAGCUUGUCGCAAACCUCCUAAGCAUCCUAAUAUAUGCUCAAAUAAGAAGAAGAAACUUCGUUGUAAAUAAGAUAUUUGGAAUUCACAAUUUUAAGAUUCAACAAA